AUGCCAAAUCUCGGUGAAGCCGAUUAUGGUGCUGCUGCAAAGUCUUUCAGUCAUACUGGUCAUAUCAGCAUUCAGCUGUCAAACGUCCGUUACGCUGCUCAGGACAUUCCGGCCGCUAAGAGCGCCCGCGCUCGGGGCUCUUACCUCCGUGUCAGCUUCAAGAACACCCGUGAGACCGCUCAGGCUAUCAACGGCAUGAAGCUGCAGCGCGCCCUUACCUUCCUCACCAACGUCACCGAGAAGGCCGAGGCCGUCCCCAUGCGUCGGUACGCUGGCAGCACCGGUCGCUGCGCUCAGGGCAAGCAGUGGGGUGUCAGCAAGGCUCGCUGGCCCGUCAAGUCCGCCGAGUUCCUUCUCGACCUCCUCAAGAACGCUGAGGCCAACGCCGACACCAAGGGUCUCGACACCGGCAACCUUGUUGUCAAGCACAUCCAGGUCAACCAGGCUCCCAAGGGUCGCCGCCGUACCUACCGUGCUCACGGUCGUAUCAACCCCUACAUGACCAACCCCUGCCACAUCGAGCUCAUCCUCACCGAGGCUGAGGAGACCGUCGCCAAGGCCGCCGAGAACAAGGAGGUCCGCCUCAGCUCCCGCCAGCGUGGUGCUCAGCUCCGCCGUGCUCUCAUUGAGGCAUAA